GUUGCUGUCAUUUUCUGUAAACAACAAAAAUGGCGGCGGGACUGUGCAGUUUGCCAGAAGAAAUCAUCCUUCAUAUUCUAUCUUUGUUGCACACUUCUGAUAUCCUUAGCUUGAGCCGUGUGUGCAAGACACUUUAUGAACUCACAAACAUUGAUUCUGUAUGGAGAUCACGUUUUAGAUCAAGCCAAGAUCAUUUGUUGAAAUUAACCUCUGCAGAGAAUCAAACAACAACUUGGAAAAAGUUAUAUUUCAAGGCGGGAUAUGCAUUGUCCUUUAAAGCCAGGGUGACCGGUAAAUCUGGUGAGAUGUUAUGUGCAGAAUUUGUGAGGAAGCCAAAUAGUAGUAUGGUAAAUGGGGUAAGAUUUGAUAAUGAAUCCCCAAGAGAAAUGACCGUAGAAACAUGGAUAAAACUGAAUCCACGAAAACACGAUGGGAUUAUUAUUGGAUGUCAGAGCGAAUCUGUGAGGUCUCAUCGCUGGCCACAGUACCAUUGGCAGAUUAUGCAUGUUGGUCCUGACGGCUGCAUACGGGGAUCUCUGGAACCUUAUAAGUUUAUGAAAGGCCCAAAUCUUAAUGAUAACAAAUGGCAUCAUGUUGCAAUCACAGCAUCAUCAGAAAUGCAGAUUCUGAUGGUGGAUGGGAGAGCAGCUGAUUCUGUCAACUUUGGCAUAGGACGUGAAUAUCACAGACGUUUUAUGACAUAUAGUCAGAUUGGCAAUGGAGUCAUCAGCCAUGGUUCAAGUACCCCGUGGGACAGUAAUGCUAUGAAGCCUGGUCACUGUGGCUGGUACCCUUUCUGUGGACAAAUAAGAGAACUUCGAGUCUGGUCAGGAAAACUGCCUGAAAGCACCAUCCAGCAAAACAUGUAUAUCCACCGGAUAGAUAUGCUACAGGAUGAACAAUAUGCCGUCCAAGGGUGCAAGCUGAUUGGCUACUGGCCCAUGACCAGGCUAGUCUCAGGCCCCUGGCCAUGGCAGGGUUCAUUAGUGUCUUGUACCUCCCAUUUAGAAGAAAAUCGAGAAAAUACUUCUCACUUGAACAUGGUCCAAUCACAUCUCCCGUAACAAAAUGACAAGGACAUCUUACUUUGAUAUCAACCAAUCACAUUCCCCAUUAGGGAUGACAUCAAAUCCUUCCAAUCACAGCUACUGUAUGGAAUUUCAAACUAUCUAAUCAAAGCUAUUGUAUGAAACGCCUAAGAAUUUACACUUAAAAUAUUGUCCAAUCAAAUCUCCAGUAAGAAAUAAAGACUUCUUACUCACUCACUCACCCAAUCCUUUUUAUUUGUCAUCUUUUCAUCAUGAUUAUAGUUCACAGGCAUACUCCAAAAAUUGUGGCUGAGCAUUUAGAAAUUAUUGAUGAUAGUUCGAUGAAUAAUGGUGGUGGUAGACGGCCUGCAUCAGCAGAGAUAAGAAUGUGUUGGCUUGUGAAACUUGUAAAAAAUCCAGUAAUUAUCAGGUCAUGAUUUUCAUGUUUUUGAGUAGCUUUAGUAGGAGUGAUAUGUUCAUACUCCUAACUAUAAGUGUAGCGAAUAAAGAAACUAUCUCUUUCUACCAAACCCUGAAAAUAAAGGAAAUAUGCAUGAGUGAUGUUUAUGGCAUGUGUACAACACCUAUCAUGGAAACCAUAAUAAUGUCUAUCAUUGUGUGUAAAACUUACGCCUUUUUCCUGAGCCUGCCUUUGAUUUUCUUUUCCACUGUGAAAUAAGGAUUUAGAAUAUUGGUAAGAAAUUCACACACACAAAACAAGUAAGAGAGUCACAAACAUCAUUCAUUGAGUCUCAAUAUUUUCAAAAUGCAUUUUGAAAUGUAAAAUUAUUAUUUAGAGCAUUUGUUAUAAGUCAAGUACAGCAUUCGAAACAAAUGUGAAAUUCACAAACACCAUUUAUUUGAAAACUUUGAAUUCUAUUAUUUAUUAAAUAUUUGUUAUCAUAUUGUAAGUUGUACCAUUUCAAAUACUUUUUAUUUCAUUAAAUUAUAUUUGGCAAAAUCUAGAACAUCAAAUGAUUGUGAAAUAUAUAAAUCAUCUAACCAAAAUGAGACACAUAACCAUUAAACAAUUGAAUUUUA